CUCUCUCUCUCACUCGACCCCUGGUGGAAGAAACGCCACGGGGAGCGAGAGAGAAAGAGAGAGAGUGUGUGGGAGAGACUGAGAGAUGGACAGAUGACUCAAAAAGGAGAUGAAAAUGAGAGAAAUGCUCACUGCGACCGUACACAUCAAACAGCGGGAGAAUAUUCUGGAUUUUUCUUAUUUUGUCCUCUUUGUUCCAUCCAAACGUUGUUGGUGUGACGAGCAGGGAGGGGGGCGUGACUGGCAUCAUUAAAACCUCUGAUACCCCCACAAGCACGCGCACACUCAGACACGCGUGAACACACGGAGGGAGAUGUUUACAGCUUUGACCGUUUGGACUCCACUGAGCGGAAUAAGGCGAGCGCAGCGUUCACACGGCUUCAGACUCUGACGGACUGAGUCAUUUUCAUUUUUAGUCAUUUUCAUUCUCGUUCAGCUUCAAAGUUGGAAUCUGGGACUGAAUCGUGACAGCAUGGAUUUGUUCGGCGCGCGUCGCCUUCUCGGGAUCCGGUGCUGCUGGAAGGUUUCCGUUCUGCUCAGCGUUUUCUUUCACAGCUGCCCGAGCUCCUUGUUGGACUGUCCCCCCACCUGCACCUGCUCUCCCACUGAAAUCUUCUGCAGUAAGUCCGACAACAGCCAGUUCUUCCCGCUGCUGUCCUUCCAGGGGACCGGGAAUGCUGGGAAUAAUACCGGGAGCAUCGAGGAUCUUUUCCAGAACAUCACCUCCAUACACAUCGAGAAUUGGACUGGUCUGCAGACCUUGAGGGAUUUCGAUAUGGAGCUCUACACCGGCUUACAGAGGCUAACCAUUAUGAGGAGCAACCUACAUACGAUCCAGGCUCGCGUUUUCUCCAAGAACCCACACCUGCGCUACAUAAACCUGUCCAAGAACCCCAUGUUGACCACGUUGUCCUGGCAGAUCUUUGAACAUCUGCCGCUUUUGGAGCUGCAUUUGGAGGAUGUGGUGUUCACCUGUGGCUGUGAGAUUCGCUGGCUGCAGCUAUGGCAACAGAGAGGAGAGGCAGGUCUUAGCAGCCAGCAGUUAUACUGUGCUGACAGCUACAGGAGAAUAUUGCUUCAAGAUAUGAACAUCAGCAGUUGUGACCUACCAGAUAUCAGCGUCAGCCACAGCAACCUCACAGUUGUCGAAGGUGAUCAAGUAACGGCAAUCUGUAAUGGCUCUGGUUCACCAUUACCUGAAGUGGAUUGGCCUGUCACUGGCUUGCACUCCAUCAAUGCACAAGAGGCUAGAGUCUACGACAAUACUAUUCACUCCAUCAACAUAACCUUGGUCAAUGUAAGCAGAGAUGACAACAACUUCCUAUUAGUAUGCACUGCCACCAACAUAGUGGGCAUGACCAACGCUUCAGUUCAGCUAACUGUUCACUUUCCUCCCACCAUUAUUAGGCUGAAGGAGCCAGAACGCCGCCAUGACACAUGCAUUGAGUUUACCGUUCGUGGUUCACCCCACCCAGUCUUACGAUGGUUCUAUCAAGAUAAGGAAAUUUCCCACACUGAGUAUGUGCGGCCUGACAUGGAUAUUUACCUGGACUACAUAGAGGGAUGCCUAACCUUUAAAAACCCAACACACCACAAUAAUGGCAAUUAUACUCUGGAGGCCAGAAACUACCUGGGCAUAGCCACCAGUACUGUGUAUGGGCACUUCCUGGAAAAGCCUUUUGAUGAUUACGAUUAUGGACCCACAGAAAAAGUAAUUCCAACUGCAGAGACUCACAUACCGGAGGAAGAUACUUUUGGGGUAUCCAUAGCAGUGGGCCUGGCAGGGUUUGCCCUAAGUUUAAUGCUGGUGGUUCUCUUUCUUCUCAUCAACAAGUAUGGUGGACGAUCCAAGUUUGGCAUGAAAGGUCCGGUGGCAGUGAUAAGUGGUGAGGAAGACUCUGCCAGUCCCCUUCAUCAUGUUAACCAUGGGAUCAUUAGCCCCUGUACACUGGAUGCUGGACCAGCUGCAGUGGUGAUUGGAAUGACUAGAAUUCCUGUUAUAGAGAACCCACAGUACUUCAGACAUGGCCACAACUGCAACAAACCUACCACCUAUGUUCAGCAUAUUAAGCGACGGGACAUAAUUCUGAAAAGAGAGCUUGGUGAGGGAGCCUUCGGUAAGGUGUUCCUGGCCGAGUGUUACAACCUGAGUCCCACUAAGGACAAGAUGCUGGUGGCUGUAAAGACGCUGAAGGAUCCCACACUUGCAGCCAGAAAGGAUUUCCAGCGUGAGGCUGAGCUCCUCACUAACCUUCAACACGAGCAUAUAGUGAAGUUCUACGGAGUGUGUGUGGAUGGAGACCCUCUCAUCAUGGUCUUUGAGUACAUGAAGCACGGAGAUCUCAAUAAGUUUCUCAGAGCCCAUGGGCCAGAUGCCAUGAUCCUAGUGGAUGGACAGCCUUUGCAGACGAGUGGUGAACUCGGUCUGUCCCAGAUGCUUCAUAUAGCCAGCCAAAUUGCAGCUGGGAUGAUCUACUUGGCAUCUCAACACUUUGUGCAUCGUGAUCUGGCAACCAGGAACUGCUUGGUGGGGAAUGGUCUUCUGGUCAAAAUAGGAGAUUUUGGCAUGUCCAGAGACAUUUACAGCACAGAUUAUUACAGGGUGGGAGGUCACACCAUGCUGCCUAUCCGCUGGAUGCCCCCAGAGAGCAUCAUGUACAGAAAAUUCACCACAGAAAGUGAUGUGUGGAGCUUUGGCGUUAUUCUGUGGGAGAUCUUCACUUAUGGAAAACAGCCAUGGUUCCAGCUCGCCAAUAAUGAGGUAAUCGAGUGUAUUACUCAAGGCAGAGUACUGGAGCGCCCAAGACUCUGUCCUAAGGAAAUCUACGAUAUUAUGCUUGGCUGCUGGCAGAGGGAACCGCAACAACGUCUCAACAUUAAGGACAUCCAGAAGAUGCUGUUUACUUUGAUGAAAGCCACACCAGUCUAUCUGGACAUACUGGGAUAAUAAUAGCCCCAAGGAGACACUAAUGGAAUAUAUUCAAAGCACUGAAUUGCCCCCGAACAGAAGUGAUCUGUCUGCAUACUCUGUGGAUUGGGGGCUGAAAAUACCCUGUUUUCAUCUGCCAGAUAUUUGAGGACUGCAACUAACACAUUGUAUAUUAUGUUUAUUUAACUGGACCAAAAUGAUCUGAAUUGCAUCAGUACCUAAUAAUCUGGAACCUGCAAAUUCUAUACCCAUUUUGUUUUUUCAAAUGGAAUUGUAACUAAAAAGACUUAAGUAUACAGUAUAUAUUGCAACGAUGUGGAGUGAUUAUGCUGAUUGUUCUGAUGUGGUAUAGUUAAGGUGUCACAUCAUAAUAAUGUGGGUUUCACCCUGUUUUGAUCAUAGCAGCACUAGUUCUAAUCAACUGUUAAUAAACCCUGACCUGGACUGGUAGUUUACUGGUAGUAAUCCUGCCCAGGAUUACAUUGAUCUCAGUUGGUUUCACAAACCUUAAGUAACCUUCUAGUCUUCCUUUGGCUUAUCUUCGCCAGGUCUUCAUUUGUGAAAUGUGAAAAGUCAGAAGGAUUAAUUUAUUCUCUUUUUAAUUAUUUAAAUUUUUAUCUGUGCCCAAGCUGGUCAAUUUCCCAAAAUCUUUCUCAUACCUUGGGUUGCAAUGGUAGCCAUCUUUAAUCUAAAGUAAUGAUGGUGACUAUAAAGUUUCAAAGUACUAGCAUUUCUGUUUUCUGUUUUUAACUUUUGGCUACCCCAGAAACCAAUGGCAGAGCCAAAAUAUUUUCAGGGGUGGCCAGGCUGAAAGGCUGAGGUUGAGCACAGAAAAUUCACUUUCUUUUUAGAGCCCUUUCCAUCCCCCCUUUUUCAGAGAAACAGUAUUCACUAGAUGUAAUUCAGUUUCGUGGAUCAGCACAUGGAUCCCUAAAACGUUUUGCUGUUGGUUGUUUAUGUUACACUGUGGCCACAAUUUGGCUCUGCCUCUGCCUGAAACCACCAACAGUCUUGUGACUUGUGACACAGUUGUUCUGACGCAGGUAUUUGGGGAAUAGACCACAGUUAUUGAGCAUUUACAAAGACCAGAUAGUUGUAUCUUAAUGUCAAGGAAAUGUGUAGUUUGUGUGACCAUGUGCAGAUUAUAUUUCUUGACUUUUCUUUCUGUUCAUGUAUAAAUUAAGGAAGGAGGUGAAAAAAUAGAACAAUGCACAUAAAUCAAAUAUUUCAUGUACAGCAGCUGCUACACAUGACUGCUGUUCUUAAGUGCUAGUUCAGUGGCAGCUUGCAACACAGUUUUUAUCUGAAACAUCAUUGUUACAACACUUUUAAGUCCUGAGCUCAUGAUAGCUCACUGAGCUGCUUAGCUUUACAAGACCCUGACCAUACCUUCCAAUCCUGAGCCUGGAAGCAUGGCCUGAGUGACUGUCUGCCACUAUAGAAAUGGACCUAAGUGCCUCCUACUUCUUUCUGAACACUAGGAACCAGGAAAGUAGUCUUUCAAAAUAAUAGCACUUUUACAUUUUGUUUACCUGCCUAAUGGCCACUAGCUGUAAACUCUUGUUUUUCUUAUUACCUAGUUUCAUAAGUAUCUACUGUAUUUAAAAAAAAUUAAAUUUAAAGCAAAAAAAAAAAAAAAUUAAAAGCCAAACUACCCAACGUGAAAUUGAAAUUACAUUACAUAUACACUAACCAGUCAAUUUAUUAGGUAUACCUGUUAAACUGGUCAUUAGCAUAAGUAUUAAAUCAGCCAAUCGCAUGACAGCAACCCAGUAUAUUUAGACAUAUUUAGACAUUGUUGUUGACCAUAACUAUGAUCACAGUAUACCCAUCUUUUGGGGUGUGGUGAGACCACAGCUUCACGUUGUGGAUGUAGAACCAAAAAAACUGUACUAACUGUGUCAGCAUGGAUCAGAAUCUCUGAGAAAUGUUUGGGGUACCUUGUUGAUUUUAUGGCGCAAAGAAUUAUGGCAGUUUUGAAAUUAGAAACUGGCCCAACUCACUAUUAGCAAGGUGUGCUACUAGACCGUUUACAAAUAACCUUUUGCCAUUUUCCAAAGCUAAAAAAAAUGAAUGAACUGAUAUAUGUGUGAACUGAAAGGAUAAUACUUGAGACACUAGGAUGUAUAUACUGUAAAUCUGUCUGUCUUAAGAUAUUUAUUUUGUUUUCCUAUGUUGGAUUAUUUUCUUGUUUCUCAAUAUGUUAUUAUAUGAUUAAUUUAAAUCUAAUAGAUCUUUUGAUUUGCUUUCCAGUUGUAAUUUACUGUCACGAGUUGCAUUUAUCUCAUUAGAGACUGGCUAAAAAAAAUCUAGAUUUAAGAAAUGUCAAUUUGUUUUGUGUCAUUUUAUACUAUGCAUCCAUCGAUUCAUCCAUAUUCUUCCUCUUAUCCAAUUCAGGGUUGUGAGGCAUUUCAUAUAAUUGAAAUAAAUUAAUAAAAAAUAAUAAGUCAGGAAAACCGAUUAAAACUACAAAGUUACAAAUGCUAAAAAGUCAAUGUUUUAUUGCCCUCUUCAAGAACUGUUCAAGGAUCAAAUGCAUUCUUUAAUUUAAAAGAAAUAGUUUGUCAUUCAUCGACCACAGUCAAAAAAUGACAACACUUUCAUCAGUGUGUCUAAUGAUGUGUCGUGCACCUAGUCUCUACACUGUAUUUGAGAUUUUAACUGUUUUGUCCAUACUGGCCUAAAGAAUUUAAAAUCUAGUCUCACAAGGAAUUCAGUGCAUAAAGUUGUUAACUUCAUAUGCUCUUGGGUCAAUGAGUGAGUACUGGGUUUAGCAUUGCCUUACUGACUCUAUACCUCAGUUUUCAGCGAGCAUCAUGAGAUGCAGGAAUCGGUAUUUUUCUUUAUGUUACUUGAAUCAACAAAGGGCAGCAGCAUGCUGUCCAUUAGCUUGAUACAUGAAACCCCUCCUAAGCCAUUAGAAGAGUCAUCUGAAGAGCAAAAUGAAAAGCCUUUAAUUAAUUAUUUAUUGAUAUUUGAAUGUAUCAUCAGUCUACAGUGAAAGACAGACUUCAUUUAUUCCGUCCCUUAUUGUUAAAUGAGACAGAUUUACAAUACUGUGAGUCACUGUCAUCCUAUUCUGUGCGUGAUGUUUGAGUGUCACGUAGUUGGUGUUGGUUUUUAUAAGAUUUUGUUUCCCAAAAGUGUAUUUAUUCUAAAACAGUUCAUCUAAAAUAACUGAACAUAUACCUGGGAUUUGCAUUGAUAUAUAGGUAUAUUGUAUAAACAUUAAGCAGGUGCAUCACCUGCAUUGCCUGGGUAGUAUGAAGAAAUCUCAUUCUGUAUCUUUUCUAAAUUUAGAUUAGAGCUGUGUAAUUAAAGAUAUGUGCAUUUCUAAACUGCAAUCCUAAUGCUAGGAUAAAACAUGAUCAAAGUUAUCUUACAGUAGACUUGCUUACCAAGUAUCAUCCAUAAUGUGAACUCUUGUUUCUAAGCUAUUCAUUUCAUUUGAGCAAAUUGAUUAUAUUUGCAUUAGUGUCAGUGCUUUAAAUUGUGUCUUUCUCUCACUAUGAGUGUUUGCUUACUCCAAGUCCUCCAGGAAGUCAGUAUUACUUAGUGAAUUACAGAAUUAAAUUUUGUUUCAUUUGUUUUCUACACACAAAAGAAAAUCCAGAUUUUAGAGAAAUUUCAACACAUUUCUAGAAAAAGUCGGUUGCACAGAACUCUAAACAUAAAAUCAAAGAAGUUAACUCUUUCAACAUGAAACACAGCACCCUCAAAACUGAUUCUUUCCAACUAAACAACACAAACAGCUAUUAUACGAUUAAGAGAGAAUAAAAAACACUGAUUGGAUCAAUUCAAAACCUACCAUCAGAGGUGUUUGACUAUGUCUUGGCUUGGCUUGGCCAUGGUACAUACUUUUUUUUGUUUUGGAAAAGUAUACAUGUUUAUUUUUAUUUUGUCCUUAGAUACCAUUUACAGUUAUCUAGUGCAUUAUAACCUUUGUAAUGGAAAUAAAUGAGAAACAAAACAAAGCAAAUCAGUGCACAGAUUUUUAGAAAAAACGUAACAAACAAAACAUUUAUUUGUUACCACAAUACAAAGUUUUCAGAUGAACUGACAAAAAUAAAAGAAUGCCUUCUUCCUCCUAGGCUUUUUUCUUACCUUUCCUCUUCCUUUGUGUUUUGGUUGCUUCAUCUUCUCCGUAUCACUUGAAGCUGAUGCUAUCCUCUGAUACAGGAUCGUUCUUCCGGUUGAGUGGUUCAAAGGAGGAGCAUGAGCGAGAUGAAUUAAUAGUCAGAGUGUACUUUGAGGCCAUGUUUCUAGAACAAAAUGUGUUUGUGUUCAGAGAUUUGCAAAACUGUGAUUUAGAUUUGAGUGAGAGCAGUGGAACUCUUCCUAGCAGCUUGGAGUUAUGAUGAUGAUACAAAAACUUUAUAUUUUUACAAUUUUGUACAUAGUUCCACUUUUUGUUUGUAAGAAAUGGGCAAAAGAUCAUUCAUCUCAAUUUUAUUUUUAUGCUCAAGCCAAAAUUAGGGACCCAACAAGCCAUGUUAGAAGAAACUGAAGAACAGAACCAUAUUCAAUUCAGUUCAGUUCAAUUUUAUUUAUAUAGCUCCAAAUCAGAACAACACUCAUCUCAGGGUGCUUCAUACUGUAAGGUAAAGACCCUACAAUAAUAUGGAGAAAACCUUUACAAUCAAACAACAUCCUUGGUAACACUGGGAAGAAAAAACUAUCUUUUAACAGGAAGAAACCUCCAGCAGAACCAGGCUCAGGGAGGGGCAGCUAUGAGUGGUUAACCUUAUCCUGUUUUCUCAAGAGACUUUCCUAAAUGCUGCAAGCAUGCUAUUUUGAUACAUGCAAGCUUCCUGGAGGACACAAUUGGCUAGCAAAAUACAUCAAAUUGUAUUACAAAACAGAAAUCACCAGAUAAAUGUUUCCUGUAUGAUCAAGCCUUAAGCUUUCACAGACUGACAAUCUUGGUUGUUUCUAAUGAUAUUUGGGUUAAAUGAAAUCUUUCUCUCUGUUUGCUCUUUGUAUUCUUCUUUUUCGUCUAUUUUGUUCUCAUUUAUUCUCUUCCCCUUUCCCACUGUCACUUCACCAUACAAAGUUUCUAAGCUGAAUAUGUAAGAAACAUCAUUACUCUAUUAAGAAUCCAUGUCUUUUCUAAUUGUUGUAUAUCCAUCUCAACACAUAUGUAUGUGAAUCAUUUGACUUAUAAAACUUGUAUAACAUCUUUCUGAAAAGCUUAGACGUGGUGAUUUUUUAAGGUGGCUCUGUGUAUCAUUCUGACUCUCAAUUCUCAUUAAA